AUGUCGCAGCCGCCGCUGCUCCCCGCCUCGGCGGAGACUCGGAAGUUCACCCGGGCGCUGAGCAAGCCCGGCACGGCGGCCGAGCUGCGGCAGAGCGUGUCGGAGGUGGUGCGGGGCUCCGUGCUCUUGGCAAAACCAAAGCUAAUUGAGCCACUUGACUAUGAAAAUGUUAUUGUCCAGAAGAAGACUCAAAUCUUGAAUGAUGGUUUACGUGAGAUGCUGCUUUUUCCUUAUGAUGACUUCCAGACAGCAAUAUUGAGGCGACAGGGUCGAUACGUGUGUUCAACAGUUCCUACAAAUGCAGAGAAAGAGGCCCAGAGCUUGUUUGUUACAGAGUGCAUCAAAACCUACAACUCUGACUGGCACGUUGUGAACUAUAAAUAUGAAGACUACUCUGGAGAGUUCCGACAGCUUCCAAACAAAGUGGCAAAAUUGGAUAAACUUCCUGUCCAUGUUUAUGAAGUGGAUGAAGAGGCUGACAAAGAUGAGGAUGCUGCAUCCCUUGGAUCUCAGAAAGGUGGCAUAACCAAGCAUGGAUGGCUAUACAAAGGCAAUAUGAACAGUGCCAUAAGUGUGACCAUGAGGUCAUUUAAGAGACGAUUUUUCCAUUUGAUUCAACUUGGUGAUGGAUCCUAUAAUUUGAAUUUCUACAAAGAUGAAAAAAUUUCCAAGGAGCCAAAAGGAUCGAUAUUUUUGGAUUCUUGUAUGGGUGUAGUUCAGAACAACAAAGUCCGGCGCUUUGCUUUCGAGCUCAAGAUGCAGGAUAAGAGUAGUUAUCUUUUGGCAGCAGAUAGUGAGUUGGAAAUGGAAGAGUGGAUUACAACACUCAAUAAAAUUCUGCAACUCAAUUUUGAAGCGGCGAUGCAAGAAAAACGUAACGGAGAAGCUCAUGAGGAUGACGAACAAAGCAAAUCGGAAAGCUCUUCCUCCGGUUUAGAUAGUUACCUGCCUGAACUUGCCAAGAGUACCCGAGAAGCAGAGAUCAAAUUAAAAAGUGAAAGCAGAGUUAAACUCUUUGUCUUGGAUCCAGAUGCGCAGAAGCUUGACUUUACGGGACUGGAACCAGAAGUGAAGCCAUUUGAAGAGAAGUUUGGGAAAAGAAUUCUCAUCAAAUGCAAUGAUUUGUCUUUUAAUUUGCAAUGCUGUGUUGCUGAGAAUGAGGAAGGACCCACAACAAAUGUAGAGCCUUUCUUUGUGACCCUCUCACUGUUUGACAUAAAGCAUAAUAGAAAGAUUUCUGCUGAUUUUCACGUGGAUUUGAACCACUUCUCAGUGAGGCAAAUGCUUCCUGGUCCACCCCAGCACAUGGUAAAUGGCAGCGGAGAUAGUUUACAGAGGAUUCAAAAUUUCUUUCAUGAAGCCAUGUUGCAGUAUCCAAAGCAGGGAAUAUUCUCAGUCACGUGUCCCCAUCCUGAUAUAUUUCUUGUGGCUAGAAUUGAAAAAGUUCUUCAGGGAAGCAUCACGCAUUGUGCUGAGCCAUACAUGAAAAGUUCAGACUCAUCUAAGGUUGCCCAGAAGGUGCUGAAAAAUGCUAAGCAGGCAUGCCAAAGACUAGGACAAUACAGGAUGCCAUUUGCUUGGGCAGCAAGAACGUUGUUCAAAGAUUCCUCUGGAAACCUUGACAAAAAUGCUAGAUUUUCUGCACUCUACAGACAAGACAGCAAUAAACUAUCAAAUGAAGACAUGCUUAAAUUACUAGCAGAUUUUCGGAACCCGGCGCAGUAUACCUUUCCAAUAAGCAUCCAGUGCAUCUAUGGAAGACCUGGUGGGCCAGUAUUUACGCGAAGCUCUUCUGCUGCUGUUUUACAUCAUCACCAAAACCCAGAACUUUAUGACGAGAUUAAAAUAGAACUGCCCACACAGCUCCAUGAAAAACACCAUUUGUUGUUCACGUUUUACCAUGUCAGCUGUGAUAAUUCCAGUAAAGGAAGCACGAAAAAGAAAGAUGUUGUUGAAACACAAGUUGGAUAUUCUUGGCUUCCACUCCUGAAAGACGGAAGGGUGGUAACCAGUGAGCAGCACAUUCCUGUAUCGGCUAAUCUUCCCUCUGGCUACCUUGGCUACCAAGAGCUUGGAAUGGGCAAGCAUCAUGGGCCAGAAAUUAAAUGGGUAGAUGGAGGCAAGCCGCUGUUGAGAGUUUCAACGCAUCUAGUUUCUACUGUGUAUACUCAGGAUCAGCACUUACAUAAUUUUUUCCAGUACUGCCAGAAAACAGAAUCUGGAGCUCAGGCCUUAGGGAAUGAUCUUGUAAAAUAUCUUAAGAGUCUUCAUGCAAUGGAGGGUCAUGUCAUGAUAGCUUUCUUGCCCACCAUCCUCAAUCAGCUCUUCCGAGUUCUCACCAGAACUACCCAAGAGGAAGUAGCAGUCAAUGUGACAAGAGUCAUUAUCCAUGUGGUUGCCCAGUGCCAUGAAGAAGGAUUGGAUAGCCACUUGAGGUCCUAUGUAAAGUAUGCUUAUAAAGCUGAGCCAUAUGUUGCUUCAGAAUAUAAGACUGUGCAUGAAGAACUGGCCAAAUCCAUGACCACAAUCCUGAAACCGUCUGCUGACUUCCUUACCAGCAAUAAACUUCUCAAGUAUUCGUGGUUUUUCUUUGAAGUUUUGAUAAAAUCCAUGGCUCAGCACCUGAUAGAAAACUCGAAAGUCAAGUUGUUGCGAAACCAGAGAUUUCCUGCUUCCUAUCAUCAUGUGGUUGAAACAGUUGUUAAUAUGCUGAUGCCACACAUCACUCAGAAAUUCAAAGACAAUCCAGAGGCCUCCAAAAAUGCCAACCACAGCCUUGCAGUUUUUAUUAAGAGAUGUUUCACCUUUAUGGACAGAGGCUUUGUUUUCAAACAGAUCAACAACUAUAUCAGCUGUUUUGCACCUGGAGAUCCAAAGACCCUUUUUGAAUUCAAGUUUGAAUUUCUCCGUGUAGUGUGCAAUCAUGAACACUAUAUCCCUUUGAAUUUGCCAAUGCCAUUUGGAAAAGGCAGGAUUCAGAGAUAUCAAGAUCUUCAGCUUGACUAUUCAUUAACAGAUGAGUUCUGCAAGUACCAUUUCCUAGUGGGCCUACUGCUAAGGGAGGUGGGAAAUGCCCUACAAGAAUUUAGGGAUGUCCGGCAGAUUGCAAUUAGUGUGCUGAAGAAUCUGUUGAUAAAGCAUUCUUUUGAUGACAGAUAUGCUUCAAGGAGCCACCAAGCAAGGAUCGCUACUUUAUAUCUACCUCUGUUUGGCCUGCUAAUAGAAAAUGUCCAGCGAAUCAAUGUGAAAGAUGUAUCGCCCUUCCCGGUCAACCCCAGCACCAAUGCAAAGGAUGAAUCACUAAAUAUGCCAACUACAAAUCCAUUAGUAACCCCACAGAAAUCAGGAAACACACUGGAUAACAACCUACAUAAAGACCUCUUCGGCGUUAUCUCUGGCAUUGCAUCACCCUAUACCACAUCAACACCAAAUAUCAAUAGUGUGCGAAAUGCUGAUUCAAGAGGCUCGCUCAUCAGCACCGAUUCGUUGAACAGUCUUCCAGAAAGGAACGUCGAGAAGACCAAUUCUCUCGACAAGCAUCAACAGAGUGGUACUUUAGGAAGCUCAGUAGUCCGCUGUGACAAACUUGACCAGUCAGAGAUUAAGAGUCUACUCAUGUGCUUCCUAUACAUCUUAAAGAGCAUGUCUGAUGAUGCUUUAUUUACAUAUUGGAACAAGGCUUCAACAUCUGAACUUAUGGACUUUUUCACAAUAUCAGAAGUGUGCUUACAUCAGUUCCAGUACAUGGGAAAGCGAUAUAUAGCAAGAACAGGAAUGAUGCAUGCCAGAUUGCAGCAGCUGAGCAGCCUGGAUAACUCUCUCACAUUUAACCACAGCUACGGCCACUCUGAUGCUGAUGUCCUUCACCAGUCGUUACUAGAAGCAAACAUUGCCACUGAAGUUUGCCUCACUGCUCUGGACACUUUAUCGUUGUUCACGUUGGCCUUUAAGAACCAACUGCUGGCUGAUCAUGGACAUAAUCCACUGAUGAAAAAGGUUUUUGAUGUUUACCUGUGUUUUCUUCAAAAACACCAAUCUGAGACAGCUUUGAAAAAUGUCUUCACUGCCUUAAGGUCAUUAAUUUACAAGUUUCCCUCUACGUUUUAUGAAGGAAGGGCAGACAUGUGUGCUGCGUUGUGCUAUGAGAUCCUUAAGUACUGUAAUUCCAAGUUGAGCUCCAUUCGUACUGAUGCUUCCCAGCUGCUGUAUUUCCUAAUGAGGAAUAAUUUUGACUACACAGGAAAAAAGUCCUUUGUGAGGACACAUCUGCAAGUUAUCAUUUCUGUAAGCCAACUGAUAGCAGAUGUUGUCGGAAUUGGAGGAACCAGGUUCCAGCAGUCCCUUUCCAUCAUCAAUAACUGUGCCAACAGUGACAGGCUUAUUAAGCACACUAGCUUCUCAUCUGAUGUAAAGGAUUUGACCAAACGGAUUCGCACAGUCUUAAUGGCCACAGCUCAAAUGAAGGAGCAUGAAAAUGAUCCUGAGAUGCUAGUGGACCUCCAAUACAGUUUGGCCAAGUCCUAUGCAAGCACUCCGGAACUCAGAAAGACAUGGCUGGACAGCAUGGCAAGAAUCCAUGUCAAAAAUGGGGAUCUCUCUGAGGCAGCUAUGUGCUAUGUCCACGUGACAGCUUUGGUGGCUGAAUAUCUUACAAGGAAAGAAGCAGAUUUAACAUCCCGAUGGGAGCUAUCCAACCUCCCCUACAGCCACAGCACCUUGCAGAGGAGCGGUCGGGGAGGCAUGUUUAGGCAAGGGUGCACAGCCUUCAGGGUAAUUACCCCCAAUAUAGAUGAAGAAGCCUCAAUGAUGGAAGAUGUUGGGAUGCAGGAUGUCCAUUUUAAUGAGGACGUGUUGAUGGAAUUGCUAGAACAGUGUGCAGAUGGACUCUGGAAGGCCGAACGCUAUGAGCUGAUUGCUGACAUCUAUAAACUCAUAAUUCCCAUUUAUGAAAAACGCAGAGAUUUUGAGAGACUAGCUCAUCUAUAUGACACUCUCCAUCGAGCAUACAGCAAAGUCACGGAAGUUAUGCAUACAGGCAAGAGACUUCUGGGGACUUAUUUCAGAGUGGCAUUCUUUGGACAGGGAUUCUUUGAAGAUGAAGAUGGAAAGGAGUACAUUUACAAAGAACCUAAACUGACACCUUUAUCAGAAAUCUCUCAGAGACUACUAAAGCUUUACUCAGACAAAUUUGGUUCUGAAAAUGUCAAAAUGAUCCAAGAUUCUGGCAAGGUCAACCCUAAGGAUUUGGAUUCAAAGUAUGCCUAUAUCCAAGUGACACAUGUAAUCCCAUUCUUUGAUGAAAAGGAAUUGCAAGAAAGGAAAACUGAUUUUGAAAGAACUCAUAAUAUCCGCCGUUUCAUGUUUGAAAUGCCCUUUACUCAGAGUGGUAAGCGACAGGGUGGAGUUGAAGAACAAUGUAAACGACGUACAAUAUUGACAGCAAUCCACUGUUUCCCUUAUGUGAAGAAGCGCAUUCCUGUGAUGUACCAGCAUCAUACGGAUCUGAAUCCCAUUGAAGUGGCCAUUGAUGAGAUGAGUAAGAAGGUGGCUGAGCUCAGGCAGUUGUGUGCCUCCACCGAAGUAGACAUGAUCAAACUUCAGUUAAAGCUACAGGGCAGUGUCAGCGUUCAGGUUAAUGCUGGCCCUCUCGCAUAUGCCCGAGCUUUCUUAGAUGACUCAAGUACCAAAAGAUAUGCUGACAAUAAAGUAAAGCUCUUGAAGGAAGUUUUCAGGCAAUUUGUUGAAGCUUGUGGUCAAGCUCUAGCAGUAAACGAACGUCUUAUUAAGGAAGACCAAAUAGAAUAUCAGGAAGAAAUGAAGGCUAACUAUCGGGAAAUGGCAAAAGAGCUUUCGGAAAUCAUGCACGAACAGAUUUGUCCCAUGGAAGAGAAGGCAAACGUCUUACCUAAUUCACUUCACAUUUUCAACGCCAUCAGUGGGACGCCAACAAGCACAACUGUUCAUGGGAUGCCUAGUUCGUCUUCACUUGCAUGAUUGUUCCUCAUCAGACAUCAGGUUUUGUUUUGUCAUUUACAGACUCAGGAGGACUUCAGAUCAAGAACACAGACAAGACAAUGAGCAUGAGAAAAGUGGGAAAUAAACUGUUGUUUCAUAGUUAACUUGCUAUAGAAGUAAUAAAGGGAUGCACAUUUUUUUUUUCAAUUCCACUGGCACUACAUACGUUGUUGUUAUGUCAUUAUGUCUCAGCAGAGGUGUGUGUUGGAAACUCUGCAGCUAGAGCAAAUAUUCCUUAUUCCUUAUGCAGUAGUAUUAAAAUAAAUGGCACAUUUAAAGAAGUGUUGGUGAAUGUAUAUAGCAGUGAGAAUAACACUGUUUAGGGUUGGGUUGGCCUUAUGCUUCCGGGCUAGGCUUGUGAAUGUUGAAAAUAUUUAGGUAUUAUCUAUUUUUCUCCCAUGGCACAUUCAGCUUGAGUACAAGGAUAAGAACUAUUUUUGUGCCUAAAUAGACAUUAGUUUUUGAUGAUCUAAGGGAACUGAUAAUUAUAGUUUUUGUACCAGUGAACAAGAAAGAAAAAGUCCUAUUUUAUACUUACUGGUAUUUACAAAGUAUGUGAGCUUAAAACUGGUCAUGCUGUUUAGAACCAAAUGUCUGUAUUAAUAAAUACAGUUAUGCUACAAUUUGAAAAGCAGUACAAAAAUUGACAUGUACAUAGAGUUUGUUAAUACAGAAUCGACAUUCUGUAUAUACAUGAAUGGCAUUUCUAUACUUUUUUUUAAUACUCAUACCAGCUUCUGCAUUAAGUUUAAUUGUAACUGAUUUGUGGUAUUCUUCGUAUAGGCUCUAUAUUUGACUUGACAGUUUUAUUCUUGUACAUAAAUAAGUGCAAUAUGAAGAUGUAUACAGUCUUUGCUCUGUUAGGUUUAUACACUGUUUAAAAAAAUUCACCUUUUUGCCAAAAUGAUGGUUUAGGAAUUGGUAAUCAUAAAUCCUGUGGUCAAUGGUGGCAUAAUUUAAAGCUUUUACCAUAUUGUUGUUCUUUUAAGACCUUAAUUUAGUAAUUUUAUAUUUGGGAGAAUAAAGGUUUUUAAUUUUAUUUAACUGGAAUCACUGCCCUGCUGUAAUUAAACAUUCUGUACCACAUCUGUAUUAAAAACAAACAAACAAAAAAUAUUGCUGAUUUCUCUG